GUGGGGCUAGCCUAUUUUGGUCCCCCCGUCCCCACCAGUCUCAACGUAGCUUCUGUUGUAUUUCCUUAGUUAUGGCAGUUCUGUUCAGCUAGUCUUCAGGUGCUUCUCAAGGUGGUUGUGCUAUAAUUCAGUUGGCGUUUUGAUGUGGCCAUGGAGGAGGCGAGCACCGCUGUUCCUACUUUUCACCGCCUGGACCAGAGCUUCCGGCUCUUCUUAAAACUUCCCAUGGCCUCAGUUAGCUCCUGAGUGUUGUAGACAUGGCUGUGGCUCAGCCAGCCUCCAUCCCCAGGCCUGGUGGCGACUUGUCCUAUCGAGUCUGAGGACCUCACUGCGGGCUCCCCCCUAGUAUGGCCAAUGAAGAGGAUGACCCAGUCGUGCAGGAGAUCGACGUGUACUUGGCCAAAAGUCUGGCAGAGAAGCUCUAUCUGUUUCAGUACCCUGUGCGUCCAGCCUCGAUGACCUACGAUGACAUUCCGCACCUCUCAGCCAAGAUCAAGCCCAAGCAGCAGAAGGUCGAGCUUGAGAUGGCCAUCGACACCCUGAACCCCAACUACUGCCGCAGCAAAGGGGAGCAGAUCGCGCUGAACGUGGAUGGCGCCUGCACGGACGAGACCAGCACCUAUUCCUCGAAGCUGAUGGACAAGCAGACAUUCUGCUCCUCCCAGACUACCAGUAGCACGUCCCGCUACGCUGCUGCGCUCUACAGGCAAGGUGAGCUCCACCUGACACCUUUACAUGGCAUCCUGCAGCUGCGGCCCAGCUUCUCCUACCUGGAUAAGGCAGACGCCAAGCACCGAGAGAGGGAGGCAGCUAAUGAAGCGGGGGACUCUUCGCAGGACGAGGCGGAAGAAGAUGUGAAGCAGAUCACGGUGCGGUUCUCCCGGCCCGAGUCGGAGCAGGCCCGGCAGCGCCGCGUGCAGUCCUACGAGUUCCUGCAGAAGAAGCACGCCGAGGAGCCCUGGGUGCACCUGCGCUACCACGGCCUGAGGGACAGCCGCUCUGAGCACGAGCGCCAGUACCUGCUGUGCCAGGGCUCCAGCGGGGUCGGGAACACGGAGCUCGGCAAGUCGCCCAGUGAGUACCUCCUGAUGUUGAUGCCGCCCAGCCAGGAGGAGGAGAAAGACAAGCCAGUGGCCCCCAGCAAUGUCCUGUCCAUGGCCCAGCUGCGCACCCUGCCCCUGGCCGAUCAGAUUAAGAUCCUGAUGAAGAACGUGAAGGUCAUGCCUUUUGCCAACUUGAUGAGCCUCCUGGGCCCCUCUGUGGACUCCGUGGCUGUUCUGCGUGGCAUCCAGAAGGUGGCGAUGUUAGUCCAAGGAAACUGGGUGGUGAAGAGUGAUAUCCUGUACCCCAAGGACUCCUCCAGCCCUCACAGUGGGGUGCCGGCCGAGGUGCUCUGCCGGGGCCGAGACUUCGUGAUGUGGAAGUUCACGCAGAGCCGGUGGGUGGUGAGGAAGGAGGUGGCCGCGGUGACCAAGCUCUGUGCGGAGGACGUGAAGGACUUCCUGGAGCAUAUGGCUGUGGUGAGGGUCAGCAGAGGCUGGGAGUUCCUCCUGCCGCACGACGGGGAGUUCAUCAAGAAGCACCCGGACGUGGUCCAGCGGCAGCGCAUGCUGUGGACGGGCAUCCAGGCCAAAUUAGAAAAAGUCUAUAACCUCGUGAAGGAAACCACGCCAAAGAAGCCGGAUGGACAGUCAGGGCCUGCAGGGCUGGUACCUGGGGACCAGCGGGUCCAAGUAGCCAAGAGCAGGGCCCAGCAGAACCACACGCUGCUGGGACAGGAGCUGCAGCGGAGGAAGGAGCAGGCCAGGGCGUCUGCAGUCCUGCCUGGUGUGCGGAUCAAGGAGGAGCCCCUGAGUGACGAGGGAGAGGACGAGGAGGAGCAGGCCGCGGAAGGAGGCGAGCCCAUGGACACCUUGCCCAGUGGCGGCCUCCAGAGCAGGCUGACCAACGGGCUGCCUGCUGCGUGGGCCGCAGGUGGGGACAGCUUCAAUGGGCACCCGACCCCUGGCUGUGCCAGCACCCCAGUGGCCCAGGAGCUGCGGGCCUUCGUGGAGGCCACCUUCCAGAGACAGUUUGUACUCACGCUGAGCGAGCUCAAGCGCCUCUUCAACCUGCACUUGGCCAGCCUGCCCCCUGGCCACACACUCUUCAGUGGCAUCUCGGACCGCAUGCUGCAGGACACAGUGCUGGCCGCGGGCUGCAAGCAGAUACUGGUGCCUUUUCCCCCGCAGACGGCUGCUUCCCCGGAUGAGCAGAAGGUGUUCGCCCUGUGGGAGUCCGGAGACAUGAGUGACCAGCACCGACAGGUUUUGCUUGAAAUUUUCUCCAAAAAUUACCGAGUACGCCGGAACAUGAUCCAGUCUCGGUUGACUCAAGAGUGUGGAGAAGAUCUAAGUAAACAGGAGGUGGAUAAAGUGCUAAAGGACUGCUGUGUAAGCUAUGGUGGCAUGUGGUACCUUAAAGGGACAGUACAGUCUUGACAAUUGUCGCAAACCACUACCCCCAGCAAAUCCAAGUCCAGGAAGGACAGCAGAGCCGGCAGAGGAAGUAGAGUCUCAGUUGCUUCAGAAGACACGGAGCAAGAGGGACCGAGCGGCUCGUGCUGCAGCCGGUGCUGUCCAGCAGGCGGAGCGCACGCGCCAGCGGUAGGACCCCCCGAAGUUGCAUUGCUCCCAGAAGAGACCAUCGGAACCUUCUUUGCAGUACAAGUUGAAAUUCCUGAUUUAUUUUGCUUACUUGGUUUCAUUCUCAUAAUAGAGUGUAUUCUGAUGGGCAGGGUGAUGAAAAUCAUGGUUUAAUAUUUUACUUUUCAAACUUAAUGCCAACAAGGUCUAAGUUAUGUUUACAAGAUAAAACCUCAAGGUUUUUAAUAUUGAAAAUGCGUAGAAGCCAAUAUUUAGUCUUUGAUUAUCUAUCUGCUAAGACUUCUGCCAAUUUCAUUAAACAAACCAAAUUGAAUUGUUUUACUGUUGGGUUUCUAUGGCCACUUUACCUUGUAAAACCACCUACUUUAUGUAGCAGUCUCCACUGUUUACAUGAACCGUAGCAAAAAAUUAGAAUCAAACCCACCUGUUCUUAAUGUUUGCAUAAGGAUGCAAACAAAAUCAGGUAAGUAUGGAACAAUGUAUAAGUAAGGUGAUCACACUUUGGUGUAAAAAAUUUAUAUUUUGUGUAUUUUUAAAAUAAAUGUUAACACUAACCUGGCCUCAUGGUGCUGCUGGGUGCAGGAAGGCUGCGCUGCCCGUG